AUUUGUGUUGUUGGCGAGGGCUGGGACUGUUGAUUGAUCGAUUCAUGGAGACAGCACAGUGAGUGGGCUGUGUGUACCCGCCUGCUGUAAACACCUGAUCGUGUACUGUUCAACAAGAACCAUUUAUAAACUUUCGGAUGUUACUGUAUAUGGGAACAUUUAACAUGCCGUCCAACUGAGUGCAGAAAGGAAAUACAUUUAUAAAAAUGGCAGAUGAACUGGAAAUCUUUCUUGAGGAACAAAAGGCUAGAUUUGCCCGUGACAAAGCCAACCAGGAGCAGGACCUGCCUUAUAUGGAAAUACGGAUCAAGCCUGACCCAGUUUACAACUCAAGCAUCAAAGAAAAUAUUCCUCCAAGCAAGUGGCCCUCAACAGAAAAACUGCAUAAUAACAAUGUCAAAGAGGAGAACUCUGACUUGAGUUUACCACUUGGAUACGAGUAUGAGAGGAAAAAACACAAACUGAAGCAGGAACUGCGUCAGGAUUACAGGCGCUAUAUGGCUCAGAAAAAUUAUACAAGUACCAGUGGGGCAGACCCAAACACUCAGGGGCUUUCACUUCCCAUUGGAGAGAGAAAAUCUGCAAAGGCUAGAUUACGAAGUGAGAGAAACCAGGAGUAUAACCAGUUUCUCAGGGGACAAGAGGAAAAUGUUGCUUUUAAGAGAGAAGCAAGGAGUACUGUACAGUACCACCAGGGCAGAGUUGAGGAGCCCCUUACUUCUAGCAGAGUCCUGCCUGAACUGUACCCCGAGGUUCAGCCGACAUCACGAGCACCAGCAGCCAGGGAGCACACCCCUCCUCCCAGGAGAGAUGCUGCCACCCUCACAGAAUCUCAGGUGUUGAGGAAGGGAAGGAGGCAAGAGGAGGGCAGAGCACGGCGGCCGGAGGAAGAGAGGAGACCUCGGCUCUCCAGGCUAGACUACGAUUCCGAACUUGACGAGAGCCAUGAAAGGAGGCACCCUCAGCUAAGCGAGGAACCUGGAUUCACAGAGAAAAGACAGCGCAGGGGGAACCACAAAUCAGAAAGAGACAUGCCAAGACUGAGGGACACAAGACUUGAUGAAUAUGAUGAUUACCAAGAAACUGACAGGCAUAAAAAUGAAAAUCGGCCCUAUAGAGAGAGGAAAGACCGGGAUGCCCACCUGGACUACGAAGAUGACUACAGGGAAAGGCCAAACAGGAGACCGCUCUCAGCUGCAGGCAAAGCCAAGCCUCAAAUGCUGACUCCAUCUUACAGGCCCACUGACAGAUCAAAAUCGGCAGCCAAUAAAGAGGAUGGUGUGUUUGCUACAGGGUUGAUGAUUGGGGGAGCAAACAGAGAUCUUGCACAGCAGACGAGAAAAGAGAAAUACAGACAAGAGCUGCAGGAACAGAUGGCAGAGCAGCAAAGGAACAAGAAACGGGAAAAAGAACUGGGGCUCCGAGUUGCUGCUUCUGGAGCAGUCGACCCAGAGAAGCAGCCUGACAGAAUUAAGCAGUUUGGUGCAAUAAAUCGGGAAUAUGACAACAAACCAAGAGAUCUGCCAUAUCGAUCAGGGGUGGGUCUCGGUGAUUUGGGGUCUGAACCAAUCAGAAGGCCUCAUGAAGAAAGACCUCCUCCUGUUGCUGAAGAGAGACGCCCACCUGAGAGACCCAGAGUAGCGUUCCAGGCUCCUCCCAUUGACUACACCCCUUUGGGAGUUUCAGCAGCUGGAGGUGCUGGUAUAAGUGGGGGUGUACCCCUCAAUGAGGAGUUCCACAGAGGGCUGUCUAGUACCCUUGGAGAAAUUGUUGCCCCCAGGAUUACAAGUGUGCCUCCACCCCUGCCUCCUACACUGACCGAUAAUUACAGAACCCCGUAUGAUGACGCAUAUUACUACUAUGGGGCUCGGAAUCCUUUAGACCCCAGCCUGGCCUAUUAUGGUCCAGGAGCAAUGGGUGUGGAGUCUCUGCCCUUUGUGAACCCUCCCACUGGACCAACCCCGCAGAACUAUCCUGGAAUGCAAUCAUCAGGAGCAACUGGGUCGAACACCACUGCUGCUACAACCAAUGAUAGGGUUGGGAUGUUUCCUGGAGAGAAACCAAAGAAAUCAAAGGAGGUUAUACAUAAUUACCAGGAAGCACUGAAUCAGCAGAUGCAAGAAAUGCAGGAGCGGAAGAGGAGGGAGAAAGAAGAAAGGGAACGAUACGAUGCUAAGAUUGAGGCUGAGAUGAAGAACUACAAUCCCUGGGGCAAGGGUGGAGGAGGGGCACCUCUCAAGGACAACCAGGGAAAUCUCAUCACUGAUCUAAAAAGAAUGCAUAAAUUCAAUGAAGAUGCAUAUGUGAACCCUGCAUCGAAAGCACUGCAAGAGAAAAGAUCUUUGCUGUCUCUAAACAGGAACUUAGAGACUCUAAGGGAUGAAACCGGAGCCCCCUCUUCACACAAGAUUUCAGGGUUUGCGUUUGCUCACUCGUCCCCCUUUGGCCGAGGAACUCUAUUUGGUGAUGUUCCUACACCUCAGCAGCUACAUGAGCAAGAUAAAUACAAAGACUACCUCCGCAUGCAGAUUGAGGAAAAGCGCUGCAAGGAAGUGGAGGAACGGCAGAUGCUGCAAUUGGAAGAGGAAAAGGAGGAGAGGCGGCUUGCUGAGCAAAGGGCAAAAAUCCAGCAGGAGUACGAGGAGGAACUGCAGAAGAAGAAACUCAAAGAGCAGGAGCAAAAGUCAAAGAAUGAAGAGCUGAUACGUGAAGCAGAAGAGCGCCGUAAACAAGAGGAGCAGAGAGAGGAGGAUGAGAAAUGGAACGAUGAAAUGCGGCUAGAGUAUGAGAGAGACCGCCAGGCUAGAUUAGAAGAGCUCCCACGACAGCCGUCUCCUCCCAUCCCGACAAUACAGAAGAAGCUGGCCUCCCAGACCCCAAGACCUCCCUCCGUGGACAGCCGUCACUCUGUGGCUUUCUCAGAUCGUCCACAGUUGGGGGCCCAGUCUCCACCUGUUCCUGCCAGGAGGAACCAGCUGCGAGCUGCAGAGGACAAGAAGGACGUGAUUGGCGAGCUGUCAGCUCUGAGGAGACAGCUCCGCAGUGAGCAGCGCCGGCUGGAGGGACAGCAUCUCAGCAAUGUGGACCGGGACGAGCUGGACACACCCCUCACCGGCAGGCGAAAAGACAGAAGCCAGAUGGAUAUUUUCGACAUGGCCAGGCUCCGGAUGCAGGCCCCUGUUAGGAGACCCUCCUCCAAAGAAAUGGACCCAAUAAACCCUCAGAACAUUCGGGAUUUCAAUCAACUGAAGUACAGAGAAAGUGAAACCCGCGAGGAGGUGAGGCAGGCUUACCCAGACCCGCCGAACGAUGACCACAGCUUGGAGAUCCAGCAGCAGGCACUGCUCCGUGAACAGCAGAGGAGAAUAAACAGCAUGAGAAAAAUAGGAGGUGACUUUACAGAUUCCUGUUUUCUGCUUUGUACAGAUGAUCAUGGCUUUUCUAUUCCACAUACAAACCCACAUAACCUUCUGCUGCAAAGGGACCAUUCUGAAGAAAUACUGAGAGGGUCAUUACUGGAAUCGGAGAGUGCUUUCAUUCGAACCAACAGAGACACCUACCCACUGCUGGUAGACACUGAGCCGAGUGCAAGACAGCUUUCCGCAAGAGAUCGGCGGAGACAGAUAAAGAAAAUAGACGUUGAAAUUCAACAGGAUGAUGUAUUUCCCAGGGAAUCGCAAGCACAACCAGACAGCUACUCUGUGAACUCCAUGACCAGUCUGAAUGUUGAUCAGGUCAGGGCCAGGAAUGAGCACAGGAUGAAACGGCUAGAGGAUCUGCACUAUCCCCGUAGGAAUAUUGGAGAAAAUACAUCUCUGGAAGAUCCCGAUGAGCUCCUGAACCAGUUUUCCUCUAAAGACAAAGACAGACCAUACUCUGUGGAGACUGUAGCCACAGAACCCUGGCUGAGACCAGGGACUUCUGAAACACUGAAGCUGUUUAUGGCUGGUCAGACACAAUGAGAGAGACCUCCAUCAGCAAACUCAUUGGCACUGAAAUGGCAGGGCCCUUCAACAUCACACGGAUGAGUUUUUCAUGAGCAGAGUUACCCAUGACUUUUCCACCAGGGGAGAAAAAGAGAUUUCGUAGGCAAAAAUAUAAUGUAUUCUCAGUCUGUGUAAGUUUGAUUGUGUUCAUCGCAUGUACCCUUCAGUACUUUGAUGGGUCUUAAUCAGAAUUAUUGAAUAAUUUAUGGUGCAUGACAAAAUUCAGUUAUAUGAAAUGAUUUUAUGCUUCAGGAUUUAAAAUACACUUUAUUGGUUUUAAGAAAACAUUUGUUUGCUACCUCACUCUAUUAAAAAAUUCAGCCUUUGUUUCCAAGGAGAUGAUGGGAGAAAACCUGUUAAGUCAAACCAGCCUAUCUACAAAAAAAAAAAUCUGUUUUUAAUCUGUUCAAUUACAUGAAAUAGCACUUAUGGUUUUGAUUAAUAUACCAUUAUGCUUCUGCUGUCUUCCAGCAUAUCUCCUUACAAACACGAUACAAACGUGACAGACCUUUCUUGGCAAUGUAUGUCUAAGUGCAUACAGGUGCAGGUAAUGCAUUUUGAAAGGUAUAAAUUCUUUAUGCUGCUCUUUAAUAAACCAGCCUUACAUGCUUUUAACACCUCGUAUCUCAAGAAAUGAUCAGAUAUAGAUUUAAUACGGUGUAGAAUUUUGGGAGAAAAAAUGACAAAUUAAAUAUCUGAUAAUUGUAGCACCACAUCAGUUACGUUAAGGGGAGUGUGGUUUCUCUGAAGCACAAUCUCUUGACAAACAUAUUAUUAGGUCCUUGUGCUGUCAAUACUAGGUUUUAUUAUAAUCAGAUUAGUAGUUCUCAAUAUAAAUCUAAAAUUAGAAAUGGGCCAUAUAGUAUAAUAUAGCAUUGGAGGUGGUGAAGGUUACCUAACAAAUUCCUUAAAGGUUAUAUGUAAUGCAGGCCUACAAAGUUUUAAAGUUAAGCCAACAAACGGUCCCAGAGAUAUGAGCAAUGGAUUUUGCAGUGGUUACACAUGGAGGAUGCUUUAAGUAUUAAAAUGUACAGAAUGCAAUUAAUAGAGUCUUUUGCUAAGUAUUUCUUGUGUGUGUUCUGUAAAUUAUAAAAUUUGUUUGUAGAAAACUUAAUAUAA